UCCUCCUAUAUAUAUACACCACCCACUUCUCACUCUUUCUACAUCACAAUUAACAAAAAAAAAAAAAUCCUCUCUUCUUAGCUCUCAAACCAAAAGUACAAACUUUCUUUGUGAUUAAAAGCCAUGGGAAGAAAAGAUAGUUCUGGGUGUUGUUGCUGUUGUGAGUGGCUUUGUGGCUGCCUUUUCAGUUGCAUCUUGAGCUGUAUUUUCCAAAUCCUCUGCACAAUUCUUGUCAUCGCUGCUCUCGCCGCCUUCAUAUUCUGGCUGAUCCUUCGUCCCAACGAGGUCAAGUUUCAUGUCACCGAUGCCUCAUUGACCCAGUUCAAUUUCACCACCAACAACACCCUCCACUACAACUUGGCUCUCAACGUUUCGAUCAGGAACCCCAACAAGCGAAUCGGAUUCUACUACGAUACCUUCGAGGCCAACGCUAAUUACCAAGGCAAGCGUUUCGAUACCGAAACCUUGACACCCUUUUACCAGGGACACAAAAACACCACCGUUGUUAACGCGGUUUUUCAAGGACAGCAACUGGUUUUGUUGGGCACGGACGAGGUUUCCCAGUUCGAUUCGGAGAAAACUGAUGGGGUUUUUGGGAUUAGCCUGAAGCUGAAUCUUCGGAUCAGACCGAAGUUGGGUUGGAUCAAAGUUUGGACCUUUAAACCCAAAGUCAAGUGUGACUUAAACGUUCCUCUCAAAUCUAAUGGGACAUCAUCGACUGCUUUUGAGGCAACCAAGUGCAGCUACGAUCUCUGAUCGAAUGUUGUUGCAGAUCUUCUUUGAUUUCUUAUGGUUUAUUCCUAAUAUUCUUUAAUUUGUUUUUUGUUUCAAGCAUUAUUAGACUAUGUCCUGGUUUUAGAGGACUUCUUUUAUGUUUUUACUUUUGGUAAAUAUAUAUGAAAUAGUUGUUCUUUUUA